CGAGCACUUCAGAUUUUAUCUAUAUCUGAUGGUGAAAGUGCGCAUCCAAGUUCAUGCGGAGGGCAAAACGGCUCUCAGUUUCGAAAUCCAAUAUUAUCUUUUCGAGUGCACUUUCUUUCGUCGUGUGAAGCAGUCGCCGAGGAGGGUAGGUGCCGGCAAAGUGAAUAGGCCGCGAUGGAGGGUCGGACCAAGUUAGAAUUUCAAAUCGAGGACGGGGAAACUCCGACGGCGUUCCCAGCCAGUAAAAGCACCGAUGAGCUCCUCGGAGAGUUGGAUUAUUCUCAAGCCACAAAGCGACCCCAAAUUAUUGCUGCUUUCUGUGCAACCCUGGGAGCGACAGCGUUGGGUACAAUCAUUGCCUACAGUUCCCCCGUUAUACCGGAGCUGGAAUCGUGCGACGAAGUAUGCCUGUCGGAUUCCCAAGAGUCUUGGUUUGGAUCUCUAGUGCCACUUGGGUGCCUCUUUGGUGCUCUAUCGGGGGGGACCCAAAACAGGUUCUUCGGGAAAAAGAGAACCCUCCUCAUCUGUGCCAUUCCCUUCCUCGUCGGAGGUCAGAACGUGGGGAUCAUGUUUUUGGGUCGGUUCCUGGGAGGUUUCGCAGGAGGGACGGUGAGCAUGGCGGCGCCGACUUACAUAGCCGACAUCUCCCAACCUUCCAUACGUGGAGCUUUGGGUUCCGGCUUCCAACUCAUGGUCGUCACAGGGAUCUGGUUGGGUGCCACCUUCUCGCUCGGUCUUUCUUGGAGGUGGUUGGCGGGAGUCUCGGCUGCUUUCCCUCUCGCCAUGGCCGUCUGCCUCUAUUUCAUGCCGGAAUCCCCUUUGGACCAUCUGGAGAAGGGGGAGAACGAGAAGGCUGAGGCCGCCCUUCUUUGGUUUCGCGGUCCCGAGCACGAUGUCAAGAGGGAACUGGACGAGAUGGAGAGGCAGCUGAGGAUCGCGCAGAGUCAAAAGGUGAACCUGAAGCAUUUGAAGAAUCGGGUCGUCCUCCUACCCUUGGGAAUCGGCCUCGCUCUCAUGCUCUUCCAACAAUUCUCGGGCAUCAACGCCGUCAUGUUCUACACGGAACAAAUAUUCGCAGCGGCGAAUACGGGGUUGAGCAACGAGCACUCCGCCGUGAUCGUCUUGGCUGCUCAGGUUUUGGCGACGGCAGCAUCGGCCUUGUUGGUAGAUCGAUACGGUCGGAAGUUUCUGUUGGCCAUCUCGGAUGCGACUAUGACAGUGGCAUUGGUUGUCAUGGGGACCUAUUUCUACAUACAAGAAGGGAAGGAAGACUUAGUUUUGGCCGAAAAACUGGGUGCCAUUCCCAUCCUUUCCUUGGUCCUCUUCUGCGUGGGCUUUUCCAUUGGUUACGGCCCGAUCCCUUGGCUCAUAAUGAGCGAACUGUUCGCGCCCGAAGUUCGGGGUGCUGCCUCCUCCAUCGCGACCGGUCUCAACUGGACUUCUGCCUUCAUCAUCACCUUCACCUUCGCCAGUCUCAAGGCUGGCAUCGGCUCCUAUGGCACAUUUUGGCUUUAUGCAGGAGUCUGUGCAGCUGGCACGGCUUUCAUCAUCCUCUUCGUCCCGGAGACCAAAGAGAAACCAUUCGCCGAAAUUCAAAAGCUGUUCUCCCGUGAAUAAAAUCCUAGAUCGUCUAGUCGUUAUACUAC